CUCACGUGAUACUAACUGCCAAGCUCGCGUUAACCUCAUUAGAACGGGACGCAAGCUGAAAGUCACAACGUUCGAUCUGUCUCACAAUCACCCAGUUAAUCGCCUUCUUUUUGAGCGACACCCCAUCAAUCGCCGUCUGACGGACGAUGAGUUCACUCAGUCCGUAGACCUUUUCCGCUACAACACCCCAACAAGCGACAUCAAGCAGUUCGUCGAGGUUCGAUUCGGAAAGCAUAUUACCAGCGAUGAUGUCCGCAAUGUUCGUCGUAAACUGAGACCUGGCGUUGAGUUAAAAUUGCCUCAGGUUAUCAAGUCUAUGGAAGAAGACGGAGUUGCGCGAAUUAUUUCUGAGGAAGGCUUGUGCACACACGUAUUAUUCGCUCGGCAUCAACAAAUAGAACUUUUCCGCCGAUUCUCGCAUGUCGUUUGUGUAGACGCUACUCAUGGCACUAACCGUUUGAACUUCAAACUAUACCAGUUUUUAAUAACUGACGGCAUGGGGUAUGGCCGGCCAAUAUUUUAUGCGUUUCUGCGUCGGGAAGAUUACGCAUCAUUGCUUACGUUGUUCGAAGCUUUUCGGGAUAUCAUGGGUCAUGAUAUUCCCGUCCGCACAAUAAUGAUGGACAAAAUGGCCGCUCAAAUACGUGCGGCGCGCGCCGUUUUUCAAUGCGACAUUUUGUUGUGUUACUUCCACAUCCGCCAAGCCAUCAGGAAGCAUACAAACAUUAACCGGUCGCGUUAUCUGUUUCAUCGCAUGGCAACUUCUGACACGGAGACGGAAUUUCAACAAGAUUUGAAGCUCCUUCAAAGAACAGACCCCCACUUUGUGCGCUACCUUACGUUGUACUGGUUGUACAUAAAACGCUCGUGGGCGAAACACGCACAAGCUGGACUGGUGCAUUUUGGCAAUACAACGAACAACCGAGUUGAGAAUGCCAACUUGCGAUUGAAGAAAGUUACCCAUGCAUCGGAUGGCCUUGUUGCAGCCGUUCGCAAAGUCUGGGCGCAUUCGGAAGUUCUCCUGAAAGAGUCCCAGAUGCAUGCCGCGUUUUUCUGUGACAGGCGUCAGCUACUAGAAGGCAGCGCAUAUGUUCACCGCGUAGUUUGCCUCCUAACUACGUACGCAUGCAACUUAGUGAUGCGCCAUUUAGCACAACCCAUGUUACAAGCAGUUUACUCGGACCUUGGAGAUGGAGUGGUAUGUGAAUAAAAAUUUCUGACGCUUCCAGUUUGAGAUAUCGCACCAGGGAAAACGCUUCACCAUCGAUUGCUCCUUGGGAACAUGUACCUGUCCUUUUUAUGAAACCAUGUGGCUUCCGUGUGUGCAUUUAAUGGCGGCAUACAAGCAGCACGCGUAUCCGACAAGCCAAAUACCUAUUUGCAUCCGCUGGCUGGCGGACUACAACCUACCCACAGAGUCCAUGCCGUUGCGGACGUUGAAAGUCCCCGUUACGAAACCAUCUACGUCUAAAAUUGCACAUCUUGUACAUCGUCUGAGAAGUGCUGAAGAGGUUAAUCCAUCCGGAUUUUCGGUACUGUAUCAAGAGCUAUUGCGAAGGACUAACGAAGUAAUUGGUGAUUCGUCAGACCUUCAACGUGCAAAGAAACAACCGCGUUGGCCGAAAAUUAUGGCGCCCACAGAUUUGUGCUUCACAUGCAGCAAGCCUGUUGUGAUUGACGCAGUUCGCUGUGCGCACAAUCGGUUACUUUACCAUCGAAAGUGUUUGCGUGUGCAAUCAGGAGCCCGUUGUACAAUUUGUGUCAAUGCUUCACAAACG